UCAUUCCUACAGGAAUUUGGAACCAACUAGGAACGAUAUUACUCGAAAGCGAAGUUGUCUCGUUCAUGUUAAUUAUUCCUGUAAGAUUCAAUAUGGGGCUUUGAUAUGCUCCCAUAUUAGUUUGUUUAGAUAAUUAAUAUAUUUUGAUUACUUUUCUAACGCCGCCUGUGGAAAAUGGUUGUAAUUCCGUGUUUAAAAGUGCCACAGCGUCACGCACAAAUGUACAGAAAAUACCUACUGUCACAAGGUGUUCUGGACCGCAAGUACUGUGCACAAAAACACCCAGAUGGCACUGUAACCCUUCCAGUCAUAGCAUCUGUCCUAGCACAGCUUGAUCUAGAGGCACUGAUUAAAGAUGUUGCAGAGGACUGCUUUUGUGAAAUUGUUGAUAUCCAGGAUCCCCCAUUAUCAAAGAAGGAAAAAGUUAAAUCUUCUUACAAGAGACUUCUAGAGACUGCACAGUCUUUGCUGGCUUCUAAAGGAGAAAAAUGGAGUGAAGAUCUAGAGAGAGACAUUCCUAGCCGAUGGCAAUGCCAUGGAGAUCUUGUCCUGUUUAGUGAAGGCUCCUUUUCUAAUGCAAUAUGGAAAGAAAUUGGAUCUGAAUUCUGGACUGCAGUUGCCCUGACGUUGGGAGGAAAACGUAUAGCACAAAUAAAAAAAAUCUCCCUGGAUGGUUAUCGCACACCUAUAGUGACUAUGCUUUUAGGAGACAGCGGCUAUGUAACACACAUUGAUAACCACAUUAGGUAUGAGUUUGAUGUCACCAAGUGCAUGUUCUCUUCUGGGAAUAUCACAGAGAAGCUCAGAAUAGCCUCCUUUGACUGCAGUGGAGAGACUGUGGUUGACUUAUAUGCAGGGAUUGGCUACUUCACUCUUCCAUAUCUUGUACAUGCUAAGGCUGCUCAUGUGCAUGCAUGUGAAUGGAACCCAGAUGCAGUAAAAGCUCUACAGAGAAACCUGCAGGUCAACGGCAUGUCAGACCGCUGCACUGUCCAUCCAGGAGACAACAGACAGCUUCCAUUAUAUGAUCUUGCUGAUCGAGUGAAUUUGGGCCUCAUACCAAGUUCGGAGGAAGGAUGGCCAGUGGCAUGUCGUCUGCUGAAGAGAGACACUGGUGGAAUGCUGCAUAUUCAUCACAAUGUCACAACACCUUUGCAUCAUGAACCACAUGAACAUUCAUCUGCUAUCGGUGUUGAAAAAGGCUCUUCUAUAGAACAAUCUUCCCUUGAGGAUCCAGAGAGUAUGCAAGCGUGGACUGCCUGGGCUUCAGAAACAGCCAGACGUGUCUGUACACUUUUGUCAGACAUCACUGGAAGCAAAUGGAAGACUAAUAUCAAGCACAUAGAACAUGUCAAGACAUACGCACCACAUAUCAGUCAUAUAGUUCUGGACUUGGAGUGUAAACCUCUCUGAUAAACACAUUCAAUCAUGUAAAGUUGUUUUAAUUUUAAUCUCUAUAAUUAGCUAUAAUUAGAGUUUUACCUUUUUCUUUGUGUGUGUGUGUGUGUGUGUGUGUUUGAGAUGUAAAAUUAUAGUGUUUUAUAGUUCUGUUUUGUACUUUUUUUUUUUUUUUUUUUAUCUGGCUGUGAUGUGGAUUAUUGUUCACUUAUGAACACUGAACACUUAUGGGCGUUCACUGCAUGGGCAUCAUGUUCAAAAUGCAGUAAAGAUUAUUUCAUUUUAUGUCUUAACAGUUAAGGAGCAACAUCAAUUAUUAUGUGGCCAUCAAUAUUUAUUUCAUUUACAGGUAUAUGGAUUUUCCUUUUUUUUUUUUCAAAAGUAUUUUAUGAUUAUGAAUUCUGAACUGAUUUGAUCAAAAUACUGUUAAAUGUGCACAUUCGGUUCUAAAGAACAUUGCUUUUCAAUGUUGAAAGCAGUUGUACUUCUUAAUUUUGUUGUGGAAACUGUGAAACAAUUAAUUUCAGGACAACAAUAGUUCAAAAGAACAGCAUUUAUAGAGCCUGUGACAUUAGACAUUUAUUUACUGUACCUUUUGAUUAGUUCCGUGCAUCCUUGCUGAAUCAAAUAAGUAAUAUAUUUAAAAGAAGAAGAAAAAUAAAAAUUCUGAAAAAUAUAAAAAAAAACUGUAAAAAGAUAUAUAUUUUUCUAUCCUAUGGCCAGUAUGACCACAUUUAUAAUUACAUCACUUCCACCCAGAACUAAAUAACUACUAUAAAUUUUCCCUUCAUUAUUAUUAUUCUUUUUUAAUCCAAAAGAGGUUUGCUUAUAUACAAAAGAUUUCUUUGUCAUUACUCCAACGCUUAAAUUCAACAUUUUUCACA